UUAUAUUACCAGAAAAUAUGUUUUAUUUUUAAGUUAUUCAGAAAUUUUCAGUUAACUCGAGCACACUAUGUUUUCGACAAUUCUCCAGCGGAGUAAAUAACAAGUUCGCGCAGAACCUCGUUCAAGAACGCGCUACCCUUCGCGCCGGAGAAAACCGCCGAAAACUGUCACGACCACUUUAAACGUCUGGGCCAAUCAAUCCGGUAGAAGACCAGCAACGUAGAAGACUCUCGGUUGUGCGACGAGUCCUUCAAGCGCUUGACUCUGGCGCAAAAGAUCGACUAUUUGGAUUCUUCGACUGAUAAACAUUUUUAUGUCAGCGCCGCGAAAACGAGAAAAAAUGCUGGUAAAAAAUUUUAUAUUCCUAACCUCACCGUCACCUUCGGUUAUGCCUCACUUUUUUGCGUAAUGUCAUUACAUGCUUCAGAUUUUAUUUCAAAGCAAGGAUCACCAGAAAUAUGUCAAAUCACAGUAUUUGGAUAUUUUUGGCCCUAGCCGGGUGUUGCCUCAAUGCCUUUGUGAUCGAAAUGAUGAUCAAACUUGAUUCUGGAGCAGGUGUACUGGUUACUUUUCUUCAAUUUGUUUUUAUCAGCUUAAUUUAUGCACCUGGAUUUGUUCGCUUCCGAGAUCAGACGACUCGCCACUUUAGAAUUUCUUUCAAAACGAGAAUACCGUUAAAGCAAUACUUUCUUAUCAACAUAUUAUUUUUCGUUGCCAACGUUGCUGGUAACAAAGCGUUCGAUUUGAAUGUGACGCAGCCUUUUGUACUCAUAUUUCGCUCACUGUCUGUUUUUCUGUCUUUUGUGAUUGACAAAUUCUGGCUAAAAAAUGUGUACACAAAAGACCGUAUUACAGCCAUCUUGGCAAUACCCACGGGAAUGUUUAUCACAUUCCUUGGCGAAAUUUACGUCAAGUCAGGGAUGAGUCGCGUGCUGCAAGAGUGUUGCUCAAGCAUGCCAUGGACGGAGCAGGCAUAUCUCCUCUUUUUUGAUCGAGAAAGACUGGCUGAAUUUUUUGAGGUGAAGGAUUUCGAUCAGACGGCUAUUCCAACUGAAAAUCUUUUGAAGUUUUUUGGAGGGGUUGUUUUGUUGCUAUGCUCGGUCUUCGCCCUGACUGUGCUAGGUUAUGUGCAGAACUACCAAUAUAGGACAUAUAAACAUUCUGUGGCCGAAAACACCUUUUACUCACAUUUGCUGCUACUACCCAUGUUUUUGUUUUUAGCUCCUGACAUUAGAAAUCACAUAACAAUCUGGAAUUCUGGCUUGAGGAAAAAAAUAUUGGGUUUUUUUGUUCCUUGGGUAUGGCAUCUAGCCGUUAUUAACAUCUGCUCUCAAGUUGUUUGUAUAAAUUCAGUACAGAAAGUAAACACGCAUUUUGGAGCUUUAGCGUGUAACAUCGUUACAACUCUAAGAAAGUACAUCAGCCUGAUUUUUAGCAUCUGGUACUUUCAAAAUACAUUUACUGUAUUUCAUAUUUUUGGAUUUGCAUUGGUAUCUUUUGGGUGCAUCUAUCUAUUCCUCUCCAAGUUGCACGGGUGAAAACAAGAAGCGCAAAGAUGACGUGCUGAAUGACUGCGUUGACAUAUGUUUUACGCCGAGCCCAGGGCUAGCAUAAAGUUACCUCUCGAGCGAGAUCAAAAUGUGUAUUUUUGCAUAUAAAGGGGGCUCAAGGAUAAUCGGGUACAUUUUUGCUGGUUCUCUUCGAUGACAUUUUGUAUAAGGUACA